CUCGGGCCAAUCCACGCAGCAGCAGGGGCGGGUUUUUCCAGCCAUGACGUCCCAAGUUUUCCAGCAAUCUUGUCACUUCGACAUCAUGGCGUAGCGAUGUGAACGGCCGGGGGUUAGUUACUGGUGGGCACGGAGAAGUUUAGAAAUCAAGCACGGUGGAGAUUUUUCUGUGUUUUUUUCAAUCAUUUACAGGGGGAACAAAGUAACAGGAAUCCCGAAAUCUCUUCGAGCAGAGUGUCGGUUUAUCAGUGACUCAAGAUGAUGUCUGAUGCCAGUGACAUGCUGGCAGCUGCCCUGGAGCAGAUGGAUGGCAUUAUAGCAGGUAAAGGCUCCAAGGCUCUGGACUACUCCAAUGGGCUGUUUGACUGCCAGUCUCCCACCUCUCCUUUCAUGGGCAGCCUGCGGGCACUUCACCUUUUGGAGGACCUGAGGAGUGUCCUGGAGAUGAUGGACACCGAGGAAAGGGAGAGUCUGCGCUGCCAGAUCCCCGACUCCACAGCUGACAGUCUGGUUGAGUGGCUCCACGGUCACCUGUCCAACGGGCACAUCUCUCUGGGUGGGGGUGACCACUACCAGGAAAGGCUUUCCCGACUCGAGAGUGAUAAGGAGUCACUUGUUCUUCAGGUGAGUGUGCUGACAGACCAGGUGGAGGCUCAGGGGGAGAAGAUUCGAGACCUAGAUAUGUGUUUGGACGAACACAGGGAGAAACUCAACGCCACUGAGGAAAUGCUGCAACAGGAGCUUUUGUGCAGAACUGCACUGGAGACCCAGAAGCUAGAACUGAUGUCUGAAGUUUCCAACCUAAAGCUGAAGCUGAAUACCAUGGAGAAGGACAGACAUGACUUUGACAGAUUUAGGGACAGUGAGGAUUUGAUUCUUGAAAUUAAUGAACUGCGGUACAGAUUGACGGAGCUGGAGAGUGAAAAACUACAGUACGAAAAGAAACUUAAAUCCACAAAGGAGGAGCUAGCCAUGCUGAGGAGGCAGCUGGAGGGCAAAGAUGGAGAGAUGAGGAGAUUACAGGAUGAGACAGGCUUCAAAGCCAACGCCUUGAGCAACGCAGAUCCCACAGAGAGAGUCUCUCAUCCAGAUGAAACUCUUAGAAAGAGGCUGAAAGAAAAACAUGUGGAAGUGCAGAGGAUGAAAAAGGCAGUUGAAUCGUUGAUGGCAGCCAAUGAAGAGAAGGAUCGUAAGAUUGAGGAACUGAAGCAGUCGCUGCUGCGAUAUAAGAAAGUUCAGGACAUGGUGAUGUCAGUGCAAGGAAAGAAAGAGAAAACCAAGGAUAACGAGCAUGUCGAGAGUCACAGUGAUGGAUCCGUCACAUUUGUGUCGGUCAACUCCGUGUCUGUGGAGUCAGAAAAUCAUGAAGUGACAGAUGUUGAACAGCAGAGAAGGAAGAGCCCAGAUGAGUUGGAGAGCCUCAAUGGACUUAGUGAAGAGCCUUCAACCACACCCAGCCCUUCAGAUCCAGAGCGAGUGUCGGAGUCUGCACCAACAGAUUUAGAGAGCCAAGAUGCCACAAAGACCGGCAGCCAGGAUCAACUGGAUAGGUGCAAUAAUGAAAAGAGCACAAGUGAAGAGGUCAGUAAGAUCAGCGAAAAGCCGCCCAUGGGUCCUUCUGCCACUUUGCCUGCCACCACGGAGGAUGACAGCUUUGGUUCGAAAAAGGCUCGUUCAUCUUUUGGAAAGGGCUUCUUCAAGAUCCGUGGGGGCAAGAAGACAGGCAGUACCCCGAACCUUGACCGCAGCCGGAGUGCGAGUGCGCCUAUGCUAGCUGAAACAGAGCGACAGGGCACCGACCAUCUGGAUCUGGCCGGGCUGCCACAGAGGUCAUCCAACAGCGACAGUACCCACACACUCCCUACGACCCCAGAGAGCAAGAAAAAAUCCAAAGGAAUAAAAAAACUCUUUGGGAAGCUAAAAAGGAGUCAGUCUACCACAUUCAACCUGGAUGAUAACCUACCAGAGGGUGAGUUCAAGAGGGGUGGAGUGCGAGCCACAGCAGGACCCAGACUGGGUUGGUCCCGUGACCUCCAAAGAGUCAACAAUGAUGUUGAUGCUCCCUUUGCACGCUGGUCAAAGGAUCAGGUGUGUGACUGGCUGCAAGAGCAGGGUCUUGGUCUUUAUGUGAACAUGGCUCGAGUGUGGAUCUCCUCUGGACAGACGCUGCUACAGGCCUCACAACACGACCUGGAGAGGGAGCUGGGCAUCAAACACCCGCUGCACAGAAAGAAGCUGCAGUUGGCCCUGCAGGCCCUCGGCUCAGAGGAGGAGGACAAUAAGGGAAAGCUAGACUUCAAUUGGGUGACGAGAUGGCUGGAUGACAUCGGUCUGCCUCAGUAUAAGACCCAAUUUGAUGAGGGAAGAGUGGACGGUCGCAUGCUGCACUACAUGACAGUGGAUGACUUGCUUUCUCUGAAAGUUGGGAGUGUCCUGCAUCACCUCAGUAUCAAAAGAGCAAUCCAAGUGCUCCGACUCAACAGCUAUGAGCCCAACUGUUUGCGUCGUAGGCCGUCUGAUGAGAACAAUAUUUCUCCAGCAGAGAUUUCCCAGUGGACCAACCAUAGGGUGAUGGAGUGGCUGCGGUCUGUGGACCUCGCUGAAUACGCUCCCAACCUGAGAGGCAGCGGUGUGCACGGAGGCCUGAUGGUUCUGGAGCCCCGGUUCAAUGUGGAGACCAUGGCUCUGCUGCUGAACAUCCCACCCAACAAGACACUGCUGCGCCGCCACCUCGCAACACAUUUUAACCUGCUCAUUGGCUCAGAGGCCCAGCAGCUCAAACAGGAGUGUCUUGAAAACCCAGACUACACUCUGCUUACCGCCACCACUAAAGUGAAGCCGAGGAAGCUGUCAUUUGGGAACUUCGGCAGUCUGAGGAAGAAAAAGCAGGAUGAGAAUGAGGAGUAUGUGUGUCCGAUGGAUGUGGAGAUGCCAAAGGGACGAAGCUUUCAGAAAGGGUUCGAGCUCCAAAUCUACGAGGACGACCUUGACAGGCUAGAACAGAUGGAGGACUCUGAGGGAACUGUGAGACAGAUCGGAGCUUUUUCUGAGGGUAUUCAAAACCUGACGAGCAUGUUGAAAGACGAUGAAUUCUUCAAAGAGUCUUCGAAUUCGCCAAACCCCAGUGUAACAGACGAGGACUCCACUGCAUGAGGCUGUCAGCGCCAUGAGACCUGGUCCUGCUGUGAAUGAAACUCUGUGCCAACCCUCUCCACUUGCACACUGACUUGUCUCAACAAACCCCAAGAAUGCUCCCAUGUGUCUUUUUUUUUUUUUUUUUUUACCUUGAAAGAUGAGCCAAAAGUAUUGCAGUGUCCUUCUCUUUUCAGUUUCAAACGAUGGUGUUGAGAACACCGACAGUCCCAGUAGCCACUAUCCUGUCGUCUGAUGACAGAGGGAACAUUUUUAGGGCAACACCACUGCUUGCCUGCCAGCUGGUUUCUGGAGAUAUUUUGUACUUUUAUCAUAUUUGGCAUCAAGUGUCAACCAGCAGAAAAAAAGACAGUCAGUAUAGAUUUUAAUAUAUGUCUUUUAAAUGACCUUCUGACUAAGGAAAUGUUUUUAAAAAAAAAAAUAAAAAUAGAGAUGGACUUCAUUUAGAAGUGACACGCUGAGAAGACGUUCCCAUUUUUAGACAUUGGUGUAAAGUAAUAACUCCGAAACAGCUGCUAUGUUUUCUACAGAACUAAACUUUGCUAAUUAAAUAGAAAAUGUCACAUUUUAUCCUACGCUGAACAUUUUCCAGGUUUCCACUCAACAGUAAUAUUCUAUUUGCACCAAUACAUAUCAUACAGUACAAAUCCUAAUGAAUAUCAUUGCAUGGUAUUGAAAGUCGACACAUUAAUAUAAGAGCUUGUUGUUGUAUUUUAUUUUUUACUAUAAAUGGAUUUUUAAUGGAACCGUGUUGGCUGACAGAGUUAUUUUUCGAAAAGCGUCAUGGCAUAUUGAUAUUUGUGAGAUAAUGUCAGUUUUGUUUUUUGUUUUGUUUCCAAAUAAUGUUGUAAUACAACCCUUGACCAUACCUGAGAAGAUA